CUUCCCUAGCCCGCCCCUCUCCCUUGGCUUGACUGCCUGCCCUGGGCCAGCCCGAGGCCGGGGAGGCGUCUGGAAGAGGUCCUCCGAGCCAGCCUCCCCCUGGAAGAGUCGGGGAAGGGUCCGAGGGAAGCAGAGGGAAGGAGGGGGGAAAGGAGAAACGGGAAACGGGAGGGAGGAGCGGGAAGGAGGGGUCCCAGCCCCCCGCUUCGCCCAGGCCAGCUUCCCCAAUCCCUGCCGUUGAUCCUGUCGCCCCCAGCAACCGGGACCACAACAGAGGGGGUACCCAGGAGAAGUCCGUGUCCAGACUGGUAGGGCCCCGGGUGCCCCUUCCCCCACCCCCAACUUCCCAACCUGGAUCCUCCACUGCCCCCCAAGAGCCCCCCAAGCAGACUUCUCCCCCCAGCCACCAUGCCGCUGGCCGGCAGCGUGCUCUCGGAGGACAGCGAAGCCUACAUGGAUAGCUCAGCAGAGGGGGAGCUGAGCCGCCUGCAGAGACAAUGCCGGGUGAUGGAGGGGGGGAGCGGCAGGCUUACAGCCGGUCGACCCAGCAGCUGUUACACAAGCAAAUGGUGGAGAUCCAUCGGCUGCAGCAGGAGCAGACUGAACUUCAAGUGAAGAUAAAGAUUUCCAAGAGCCAAGCUCGGAGGCUCCUGGACCAGGCACGGGAGAAGGGCCUUCGAAGCCUCAUGGAUCGCAGGCAGCAGCUGUACAAGGAGGUGGUCCAGGAACAGGAGCACCUGAAGACGCUGGACCAACAGAUUGCCAAGUGGGAGAGUCGAGUGUUGAUGCAGCUGAAGGACCUCAGGGGCCCAGGCUUAGUCCUGCAGAAGAAGGCCCAGAAUUUCCACAGAGUGAAGGUCUUGGAGAACCAGCUAGACCGGGCCAACACCCGCUUUGACACCCAGCUGGUGAAGAACAGGGUCCUUCGGGAAGAGCUGGGUUUGCUGCACAUUCAGAGGAAUCAUUUUCUGCAUCUUGACCACCAGCUGAGGAAGGAGCUACAGGACAUCCGCUUCAGCAUUCAGUCUCACAUAGACAAUUCCAACGCAGCCUUUGAUGCCAGGGAGGAAGCCAAGCUGAAGCUGAGCCAGCUGCAGGAGAAGCUGGACAAGGACUUGAGCCAGUACAAUGCAGAGCUGCAGGUGGUCCAGAGGCAGAUCUGCCACCUUGAGCAGCUGCACAACUUCCUGGUUACCAAGAACCAAGAGAGAGUUGUGGAUGAUGCGGUGAUGAUGGCUCGGCGCAAGCGGGAGCAAGAGGUGGCUGAAGGCCUCCGCAAGACCUCGUUGGAGAAGGCCAUUCUGCAGUACGAGGAGGUGCUGGAGAAGCUGGGGGAGAUCACGGGCCACAGCCAGGCUGACGACAUUCUGAAGACUUACUUGGAGAAUGAGGAAAGAAACUUUGCCGUGUUCACUUUUAUCAAUGAGCAGAACUCUGAGAUGGAGAAGCUGGCGGAGGAGAUCCAGCAGAUCCAGGAUGCCCUGGCUCAGCUGACCUUGGCCCAAGAAGAGGCCGAGCAGGGGUCCAAGCGGCAGCAGCUUGAUGCCCUGGAGCAGCGCAAGGUGGACUUGGCUAAGGAGGCUGAGGCGGUGGAGGCCAGGCAGGACAAGAUGAGCAAGACCCUAGACCAGCUGAAGGCUGCCACCAAGUCUUUGUUCUACAAGGCCAAGUGUGAUGACACCAGACUCAAAGAGCUUCUGGGAGGCAGCCACAUGGGGACCAAGAUCAUGGAGUUGCUUCUCAGCCUCAUUGAGCAUCGAGUGAUGGACCUGCUGGCUGCCCAGGCCUUCGCCAGCUCCUUGGAAUCCAGCAGCUAUAACCCCCAGUCCACCGCCCUCAGGCUCCUGGGCCAGAGUGAAGAUGCCAUCCCCAAGAAACUUGUUCCACCGCAGCCCCCCAGCCACAUGGACGAUCCCGUGGGGCUGGAGCAGAUGGACGAACGGCCCCUGACUCGGGAGGAGAUUUUAGCCCAGGUCCUCAAGGCGAUGCAGGAUCGGGAACUGGGCAAGGAGCACCCGGCCACGACCUUGCAAUUGAGCAAGAGGGCAUCAGAAAAACCCUCUGUGUAGGCUAAGGUUUAACCUCCAAGCAUUUGGCCUCCCUCCGCUUGGAGACCUGUUGCCCAGCUAUCCCUCGCCACUCUCCCCACGUAUAAGGCUCCCAACUUUCUGUCUGUCUCUCUGCAGCCCUGGGAGUCCUUGGCUGCCCACGUCUGGGGGCAUCAUGGUCUCCUGGUGGUUGUGCCUCUCCCUUUCCUGAGUCUUAGCUUCCUUCCAUCCCUUCCCAAGUUCAGAGUAUAGCCAAGGCCUGGGUGGCCUGGGCGGAGAUGGGGGGGGGGGUCCAGUGAUGCUGUGACCUCAGGGAAUAAAAGGUACUAGCCCCAGCCAGUCCAUAAGA